UAUAAAUGUAUCAGAUUUUUGUUCCUGGUAUCCUUCUUCAAAUGAGAUAUAUAUGUCACUUACUGGGGAUAUCUUCAAUGAGUUAACACCAUAAAAAACUAUUGAAAGAGGUUCAGAAAUUCUUUGGCUCCUAAGCUCUGGAAAUCAAGUUUAGCUUGAGUUUUCCCAAAAUCAAAGUUGCCAGCAGAAAGGCUUCUUAAAAUCUUUCUUGCUGCUAGCAGUUUUGAGAUUUUUCCUAGAAGUUUCAAAACAAACUUUGGCAAUGGGGUUUCUGGAUCUGUUUGUUGUGGCACUGAUGCCAGUUCUGAAAGUAUUACUGGUAACUGGUGUGGGCUUGUUUCUUGCCAUGGAACAAAUAAAUCUCCUGGGGCCAGAGGCAAGGAACUACUUGAACAAAAUUGUAUUCUAUGUGUUAAGUCCUUCUCUUUUGGUCAGCAACUUGGCCGGAACUAUAACUUACAAGAGCGUGGUUACUUUGUGGUUCAUGCCAUUGAAUAUUCUUCUAACAUACAUUAUUGGCUCAGCUCUUGGUUGGGUUAUCAUAAAAAUCACUAAAACCCCCGAACACCUUCGAGGAAUUGUCAUUGGUUGUUGUUCUGCAGGAAACUUGGGAAACUUGCUUCUCAUUCUUGUUCCAGCCGUAUGUGAGCAGUCAAAUAGUCCAUUUGGAGAUUCAUCUACUUGCUCUACAAAUGCUGAGGCUUAUGCUUCACUAUCUAUGGCAGUAGCCGCCAUCUAUACUUGGUCAUAUGCGUAUGCUGUGGUGAGUGCUUAUGCUAUUAAGAGCGCAGAACACAAGUCUACCCAUUCUGCUGAAGAGGCCCCUGCACCAUCUUCAGACAGUUGCACGGAAACACUACUACCGUCGAGUUAUAGCCAAAUUUCUGACGAAAGCUCAGUGCAAGUUGAACUGCCUCUCACCAACUCCGAGGAAAGAACAAAGAUGUCAUUUUGCAAGAAGAUUGCUCAGUGUGUCAAGAGCAUUAUGAGCAAGAUCGACCUGAAGAAGGUGUUCGUACCAUCAACUAUUGCAUCGAUUAUUGGGUUAAUCUUCGGGAUAGUCUCUCCAAUCCGAAAAGUACUAAUUGAUGAUAGUGCCCCUCUUCACGUAAUUUACACUUCUGCAGCUUUGAUAGGGGAGGCAGCCAUUCCCUGUAUGACCUUGGUAAUGGGGGCAAACCUUCUCAAAGGUCUAAAAAGAUCAGAAAUGAAUCUGUUCGUCAUUAUAGGGGUGGUAGCAGUGCGGAAUAUUUUCUUGCCUCUCUUGGGGAUUGGUGUUACUAAAGCUGCAUAUCAUUUUGGAAUGGCUGGAUCAGAUUCCUUGUAUCAAUUUGUUCUUAUGCUUCAAUACGCUGUUCCCCCUGCAAUCAACGUAGGUACAAUGACACAGCUAUUUCAAAGUGGUCAAGGUGAAACUUCUAUUAUUUUGCUAUGGACUUACGCUGUAGCUUCAAUCUCCUUAACACUUUGGUCAACAUUGUUCAUGUCACUUGUAGCGUGAUUUAUAAUUCAAAUUCCAUUCCUCUAGCUUUUGCCACCACAACACCACAAAUAUAUCACAAAAGGUUGAGAAUUUUCAUCUAAAUUCUUACCACUCCAACUAUCCAAGUGAAGCUUAGAGGAAAAACAGAGAUACUGAAUCUUGAACUUACGUCUCUUUUUUGAAAAGGUGAUUAGUGAUAUUUUAUUUAUAAACUAGUUUCAUCUCUAGAUGGUAAAUUGUACAUUGUAUGCUUCAAUGCAAGCACAUUAAAACUUACCUUGUACAAUGUUAAUGCUAUUUAGAACUCUUUUAUGACAUGUGAAUUUUGUGGAGAAGGACAUUCCAAUGACAAUUGUUCCAUCUAUUUUGAGUCUUGUCAAUUUGUUGGAAAUAGGCAACAGAAUCAUCCUUAUUUCAACACUUAUAAUCCUGAUUGGAGGAAUCAU